AUGAGCAGCGCUUUCUUAGAUGUGGACGUGAAGAUCCCCAAGGACGAGGGCUCAGUAGAUGCCGGCCCACGAAUUCAUGGACGUGAAAGCCCAAGCAAUACCAUUCCCAUCGCCCCAUCCUCAUCGCAUCCCAGCGGAUGCCCGUACAAGCCGGCUGUCGACGAGUGCGUGCUCUCACUACUCUUGCUGCACUCGCUCAACAUCCUCAGGUUGUUCAUUAGCGUCACCAAGUGGCGGUGUUCGUUCAAGCACCCGCCCAACGAGGUUCUCGAUGCGAUUGUUGGGCCUGUCUAUCGGAACCCAGACAUGCUCGCCCUCGCGCUAUCGUAG